UCCCCUAAAAUUUCAGGCUAUGUCGAAAUCAUUUUGGAUACAGCAACGACAAAGGUACACUGACUUGUGUCAUUUGAUUUCCACGGUGGAUAAGGCGCUAUCGAUUCUCACUACACUGUGCAUAUCGAACAACAUGUAUUACAUUCUGAUGCAGCUUCUGAACAGUUUCCAACCGAAACGCAGUUUGAUUGAAAGUGUCUACUUUUGGUUCUCUCUAUCCUUUUUGCUGUGGCGCAUUCUGUCGGUGUUGCUAAAUGCGUCAAAAAUUCACGAUGAAUCCAAACGACCGAUGACUAUUAUCAGAAACAUUCCGCAGGAGCAAUAUCACAAAGAGGCCAAACGAUUUUUGGAGCAGAUUCAGAAUUCGGAAGUCGCCCUCACUGGUAUGCGAUUUUUUCAUUUAACCAGAAAACUACUUCUAUCGAUAACAGGAACUAUAGUGACUUAUGAAUUGGUGCUGAUCCAGUUUCAAAGGACAAUUAUCGAGCCUGAAACCGUUGUUUGUUGAAUAGAUAUCCCUCGAGAUAAAAAUUUCGAAUCAUGAAAUAAUGGCAUUCCUAAUGCAAUCUUCUGAUAAAUUCAAAUGUAAAAAAAUUUAGAAGACACCAUGAUCCACAUUUUUCAUAAUAGACUAUGCCAAAAAGACUUUCUUUCUCAAUUUUUUUUUUAUAAAGUAGUAAAACUAGAAAAUAAACAUACCCGUGUCUCUGCUUUUGACGAAAAAACUUGAAACAGGAAAGAUUUUUCCUUUUAUAAAUUCCU